UGCACUGGACCAAAGACACUGCACGAGACUCCGCACGGGUCAUCAGACAAACACAAGAGGACACAAGAGGACACAAGAGGACAGAAGAGGACAGAAGAGCACAGACGCAGACAUGGCACGAGAGCUGGACAUCGAGCGUGUGUCUCUGGAGUGUGAGUUUAAUAAUCUGGACCAUCGCACGGAUCUGAACGGAGUGGACCGGCUCAUCGUCAGGAGAGGACAGGCUUUUUCGAUCAGCCUCUACCUGAGGCCGGGGACCAGCUACGAGCCAGGAACCAGCGCUCUCACCUGUGUGGCAGAGACAGGUCCACAGCCCUCAGAGGAGUACGGGACCCGAGCUGUGUUCGGACUCUCCCUGAACAUCGAUACCUCUUGCUGGAGCGCGGCUGUUACGAGUCCUCCCGGGGACAUGGUGGCGCUGUCUCUGUGUGCGUCUCCACAGGCUCCUAUUGGACGAUAUACUUUGAGGCUGGGGUCGUCUGCAGAGGUCAAACUCAUCCUGCUCUACAACCCCUGGUGCUCAGGAGAUGAUGUAUACAUGGAGCGAAAGGAGGAUCUGGAAGAGUACAUUUUGGCUCAGGACGGACUCAUCUACAGAGGUGACAGAAAGUUCUUCUGGGGCAGCCCCUGGAGCUACGGACAGUUUGAGAGCGGAAUCCUGGACGCGUGUCUCCGGAUCCUGGACAUGAAUCCCAAAUGUUUGAGGAAUCCCGGGAAAGACCACUCAGGCCGGAGGAACCCCGUCUACGUCUGCAGAGUGCUCAGCGCCAUGGUGAACUGUGAUGAUGACCAUGGUGUGUUACGGGGGAAUUGGAGUAAUGACUUCUCUGGAGGAGAGAGCCCGAUGUUCUGGAGGGGCAGCGUGGACAUCCUGAGACGCUGGACAUCGAGCUCCUGUGCUCCGGUGAAAUACGGGCAGUGCUGGGUGUUUGCUGCGGUCGCCUGCACUGUGGCUCGAGCUCUGGGGAUCCCCUGCAGAGUCGUCACAAACUUCGAAUCGGCUCACGACUCCAAUGCAGACUUACUCAUCGAGUGCUGCUUAAACGAGAAGUUCGAGCGCAUCUCCGGAGUCAACGACAGAGGAGAGAGGGUCCGCACCGAAAGUUCUUGGAACUACCACUGCUGGGUGGAGGGCUGGAUGACUCGGCCUGAUCUGAAAAACCCCGACUUUAAUGGGUGGCAGGCGUUUGACGCGACACCUCAGGAGAGGAGUGACAGGGUGUACUGCUGUGGUCCAGUUCCAGUUCGGGCCAUAAAGGAGGGGAUGCUCACAGCGAAAUACGACGCCCCCUAUGUGUACGCCGAGGUAAAUGCAGACCUGGUAUUUUACCUGCAGAAAGAUGACGGCUUCAAAAAGAAGAUCAUAAACAGCACAAUGGUGGGCCAGAAAAUCAGCACCAAGAGAGUGGGCAGUGACCAAAGAGAGGACAUCACACACCUGUACAAGUAUCCUGAAGGCUCUGUGGAGGAGAGAGAAGCGUUUAAGAGGGCGGGGCAUCAGAAUAAACUCCUCAAGGAGCCAGAGCAGGGAGCGGGGCUGAAGCUGUCUAUCAAAGUGUCCGAGAACAUGGAGAAGGGCUGUGACUUUGACGUUUUUGCUCUGGUGUCAAAUGAGACAGACUCUGAGAAGGAAUGUCGCCUGCUGUUUUUGUCCCGUGUUGUCUCCUACACCGGGGUCUUGGGAGAAAACUGCGGCUUCAAGGACCUGCUCAAAGUGGUCCUGCCACCAGGGGGAGAGAGGAAAGUUCCACUAAAGCUCAACUACUCCAAGUACGGCCCUGAGCUCACACAGGACAACCUGAUCCGACUGGCCGCUCUCCUCCAGGACUACACCACUGGGAAUGUUUACCUGACCAUGAGGACUAUCGUACUGACCAACCCCGAGAUCAGGGUCCGGAUCCUGGGCGAGCCAAAGGAAAACCGUAAAUUGGCUGCAGAGAUCAGCUUGAAGAACCCUCUGCCCCAACCUCUGGACAUGUGCUGCUUCAGCAUCGAAGGGGCGAAUCUAACUGGAGGGACUGUCUUAACUGAGAGCCUGGGACAUUCAGUGGCGCCAGGAGAGGAGGCUAAAGCCAAAAUCUACUUCACGCCAUCGCACUCCGGACUCAGGAAGCUCGUGGUGAAUUUCAACAGCAGCCAACUGUGCAACGUCCAGGGCUACAAGAACGUCAUCAUCGGGAAAUAAAAAUGUAACGGGAAGACAGGAUACGUGGAAAAGAACAUGUUAAAGGACUUGAUUGAAGGAUUGAUACUCUGCAGUGACAUCACGCUGGGGGGAGGGGUACUGCAUGUAUGUCUAUGGAGCAAUGUUUAGCGGUUACCUUGGUGACACAUUGCAUACAUUAGCAAACACUGCCAAAAAGGUUUUAAGAUUGUCUGAAAACUCAAGAAAAAAAAUAUAUUUAAAGUGAUUUAAAGAGCUCAUGAUAGGCUGUGGUCAGUCCGAGCGUCCAUGGUCCUGUUUAGGAGUUUGAUUUUACACAAAAGAUGACAGUGACUCACUGGAAAAUUCUUGGCUAAUGCUGAUGCUAGCUAGUUUGUGACUGUAAUGUUAUUUGAGAGGGACUUGUUUAACAGCAUAAAUCAGCUCACCACUUGAGUAACACACCUUCUGACAGAGCAGUGCCUACAGCUAGCUUAACCCCCGGGGAAUGUUGAUGACAUCAGCUGCAAAGUAUCAAUGGGGAAAAGUACAUGUUUUCUGCUUAAGCCCUGCAUGCAGCUGCUCGUAUUCAAUGAGUGUUAUUGCUUCAAAUGGACAUAACUGAAGUUGAAGUUUUGCUUUGUUUUAAAUACUGCCCCCUGUAUCUGCUUAAAGAUUUGUAUUUUUAUAUUAUAGAAUAGUUUGGUUGGAUGUCACAUCAAGACAUGGCCUGGUUUAUGGUUAAUAUCUCUGGAAUUACUGGGCCUGAUUACUGACUUAGACCUGGUUUAGUCUUGGUUUGGUCCUGGUUUAGCCCUGGUUUAGCCCUGGUUUAGUCCUGGUUUAGCCCUGGUUUAGUCCUGGUUUGGUCCUGGUUUAAUACUGGUUUAGUCUUGUUUUGGGUCCAUUCAUUGCUCCUCGUGUGACACUAUUACAUCACAUCCAGGAGGUUCACGUUGUGACUCGACUGAAGUUUGGAAUCUGUUAUUUGGAUAAAUUAUGCUUUAAUCAUUAUUGAAGAGUUAAUUCCCACUGUGACCAUAUUGUGCAGUCCUUGAGCAAAACACUCAUAUACAGAACAUGCUUCCUUAUAUUGCUGUCUGCACCUUAAAUACUAAUACUAAUAAUAAUAAUAAUACUAAGGCUCAAAGGGCAUCUGUCAUUACCACAGACUCUAUAAAGAAGUGACUAAGUGAGUGUGAUGCCGCCACAGCUUCAGCUCCAAAUGAAGCUCAUCAAGUUAUAGGGGAUGAUUUGGAGCAGAGUUUCAUAUUUAAAAUUCUGUCUGUGAGUAUCAUAGCAACCAAAGAGCCAAUCUGGAGCCAGACUGUUGAAGGUAACGCCCCUUCCCGCCAACACCACUGGUUUAGCAGAGAGCAACACUGUCAGUCAAACCUGUUGCUAAUGUUAGCAGGAGCGACCUCUGGGAAAGAAGGCGCCUGAUUUGUCUGUUAUUCAUGUUCAUAUCUUGAUUUACAGACACAAUAGUGAAAUAAAAACCCCAGGAUCAUGUAGAGUGGGUUAAUAUGAACAUUUAAGACCAAAAUGACGAGUCUGACAACAGCAGUUACAGAGAGAGGACACAGUUUUUACACAGAAAGUGAAUUGAAGUGCGCUAAUGAUCACUUCUUGUUUGGAACGUGGCAGCUAGCAAUUUAGCGCUUUCCAUUUAUAUAUAUAGUCUGUGGUUAUGACCUUAUUGGGAGCCUGCUCAUAUCUUUAUAUUUUGCUUUGCAUUCACAUAUUUUUUUAUUGCAUGUCAUUAAAACAUUAUUCAGAGCCCAGGUGAGGUUAAAGGUGAGGUUAAAGUGCCUGUGACGGGUUUUCAUGUGUAACUACAGAGCAAACCAAGCACAGUAUCGUGUAUCAAACUCAUGUGGGUCCUGAACCAGCUGUUGAGAACCGCUGGCUGAUGCUUUGGUGCUGUUCUUUCUUUGCUAAAACAAUUUGACAUGUUUUGAUUAUAUCUGCAGAAUGUCAGCGUUUUUAACCAUUGCAAUAUUUCAUUUAACCAUUAAAGGACUUAUAAAUAGUC